ACUCUUCACUCCUGUCCGCUAGAUGUCAGCCGCGCUUAGUUACAUUUUAACCGCGAAAUUCAAAACGAAGAAGACAGAAGAUGGACAAGUUCUGUGAGGAAAAGGUUAAGGUGCAGUUUGGUGUUAAGCUUCUGGACGCCGUUCUGUGCGUCCCUACCCAAGCAGGGGAUGUACACACGGCGGUCGUCCUGACCCACGGGGCGGGCGGGGACAUGAACUUCAAACACCUGGUGUCCGUCGCCCAGGCCCUGGCGUCUAGUGGGUCGCUUUGUCUGCGGUUUACCUGCAAAGGUUUAAACCUGCCCUACAGAGUUAGAGCCUACAAGGCUGUGUGGGAAUACUUGAACACGCUGGAGAAGUACAGCAUCAGGCACAUAUUCCUUGGAGGCAGGUCCAUGGGCUCCCGGGCUGCGGCGGCCCUCGCCCGGCAGCUGAGCGAGGCGGUCUCGGCGGAGGCAGUAGCGGGCGUCAUCUGUCUGUCGUUCCCCUUACACCCUCCGAGACAGACGCACGCCCAUCGUCAGCGCAGCGAGGAUCUCCGGGGACUCCCCGAGGAGAUGCCCGUGCUGUUCGUGUCGGGCACCGUGGACGACAUGUGUGACAGGGCCCUUUUAGAAACAGUGGUGAAGGACAUGAAGGCCCCAGUAGAUGUUUUGUGGCUAGAAGGAGGCGGCCACGGGCUCGCAGUGCGCGGAAGGUCGGAAGACUCCGUGUUGGAUGAGGUGAACUUGCGGGUCGUCACUUGGACUUUGAAACACGCAGCACACGUGAAGGACCAGAGCUGAGGGUCCUAGGACUGUAUGGCUUCGCUCUUUUGAUCUUGAAUAAAUAUCUAUCUUAAUAGUCUAUAUUACAGCCUACUACAGGCGCGUAAUGCACUUUCACGCUGGUGGUCCUCACUGCAAGUGCAGAGCCAAUAGGUGGAGACUCACAAGUCACUUUGGAUAUAAGCGUGUAUGUGGAGCUUGACCUCCAGCUCCACUAACAACCGCAACCCCGACUAAUGUCCAGCCCAUCCCCAACUCAAUCAUACAACCUGGUAGCCUCUGGCGGGCUAUUAUUAACAGGACCAUAAAUAAUGCUCAUGUGCUAUUCUCUACUGUUGAGAGGUUAAGAAAUCCCCCAACUGGUGCUGCUAGGGUGCUAACUAGGACUAAAAUGAGUGAGCACAUCACCCCAAUCCAAAAGUGCUUACACUGGCUUCCAGUUAUUUAUAGAAUUGAUUUUAAAGCUCUACUUCUUGUUUUUAAAGCACUAAAAAAAACCUUCUGUUUUUUUUCAUGACGAUCAAUAAAAAACGUCAGUGUUACCCCUUGUGUUUUUUUUCAUGACGACCAAUAAUAUAACAGUGUUACCCCUUAUUUUUUUUCAUGACAACCAAAGAAAAACGACAGUGUCACCACCCAUGUUUCAUUUGAUAAAAACUACAGUGUUACCACCUAUGUUUUAAUUAAUAAAUAUGGGACAGUGUUACCCCUUAUGUUUUUUUUCAUGACGACCAAUAAAAAACGACAGUGUUACCCCUUAUGUUUUUUUUCAUGACGACCAAUAAAAAACAACAGCGUUACCCCUUAUGUUUUUUUCAUGACGACCAAAGAAAAACGACAGUGUCACCACUCAUGUUUCAUUUGAUGAAAACGACAGUGUUACCCCCUAUGUUUUAAUGGAUAAAUAUCGACAGUGUUACCCCUUAUGUUUUUUUCAUGACGACAGAUAAAAAAGGACAGUGUUACCCCUUAUAUUUUAUUUGAUAAAAACGACAGUGUUACCCCUCAUGUUUCAUUUG